CGACGGCCGGCGCACGUCUUGGUGCGGUCCUGGUCGUGCCUCUGGCUCCGUGAGCCGAAUUGCGCCGUUGUGGCGGAGGCCUUUCUGGGUGGGCCCGGAUUGUGUGAAAUUCUCCGAAAAGCGACAACACAGGAGUGAGCUCACUGUUGGUCGGGUCGCUGCGGCAGGCUAAGUCUUGGUGAAGCGUUUGGGCUGCCGUUCUGGCGGAAUCAUGUUCGAAGUGAAGAGUGAAAACAUUAUGCCGUCGUGUCGCUUCGGGGACAACUACAACGGGCCAAGUGAAAAUCGUUCCCCAAUGGCGCUGUGGGCCAAGGCACAAUCUCUGCCUCCAGAGGCACUGCAGCAGGUUCGAGCCAUUUAUACAGACCGCUUCCCAAUCGAAGUUCGUCAUUUCUUAGCAUCAUGGAUAGAAGAAAAAAUGUGGGGUUUGGAGAUUGAGACAGACAACCCUCAACAUGAACAGUAUGCUGCUAAUAUUGUGGCAGAUUUAAUCCACCAACUGGAAACAAAGGCCAAUUCCAUGAAUUCAGAGGAGCUCUUAAUAACAAAAUAUAAGUUAAUGGACUCUGCUAAUGCUUUCAAGCAACGCUAUGCUCGAUGCCCUCUGGAUUUGUUUCGGUUGAUGCGCCAUUGUCUGAAUUCAGAGUUAAAAGUUAUACAGCAAGUAGAAAAUGUCCCUAUGGGCUCAAUGCCACCUGGAACAGGAUUAAUGCCAGACUCAGCUGCUGAAAUUGCACAGCAAGUAGAUGUCUUGCGGCAUCGCACUACAGAAACUGGUAAACUUCUUCGCCAAAUGGAACAGGAACAAGAGAACUUUGCCCUCCACUACCAUGAGUGCACCAAGCUGAAAGCUCAUCUUCAACACCUGCAAUCACAGCUAAUAAAUCAACAAAAUAUAGAAUUGGAAAAAACGGUCAGGCGCCAGAAAGAUAUAUCAGAGCAAACUUUAAAUCAAAAGGUUUCCAGUCUCCUUCAGCUCAGACUUCAACUAGCCGAUAAACUCUCAGAGUCGGUGACGCACCUUGUAACCUUGCAGUGCAGGGUUUUGGAUGAAGAAUUGAUUCGAUGGAAAAGAGAGCAGCAGCUUGCAGGAAAUGGAGCUCAGUUCAACAGUAAUUUGGAUAAUAUCCAAGAUUGGUGUGAAAGUCUUGCUGAAAUUAUCUGGCUCAACCGCCAACAGAUCAAAGAAGUGGAACGUUUGAAACAGAAGUUGACCUUGGAGCCACCGGGUGUUGUAGAUGUCUUGCCAAAUUUGAGUAUACAAAUUACUCAGCUUCUUUCAUCUCUAGUCACAAGCACAUUUAUUAUUGAAAAGCAACCUCCACAAGUUAUGAAAACCAACACUAGAUUUACAUCCACUGUUCGCCUAUUGGUUGGAGGGAAACUGAAUGUUCACAUGACACCACCACAGGUCAAGGUGACGAUCAUUAGUGAAGCUCAAGCAAAUGCACUUCUUAAAAACGAUAAAAUUGCCAAAGGAGAAGCCAGUGGUGAGAUUUUGAACAACACUGGAACAAUGGAGUACCAUCAGGCUACACGUCAACUGUCAGUUAGUUUCAGGAACAUGCAGCUAAAGAAGAUUAAGCGGGCUGAAAAGAAAGGAACCGAGUCCGUAAUGGAUGAAAAGUUUUCACUUCUGUUCCAAUCUCAAUUUUCAGUUGGUGGUGGUGAACUUGUAUUCCAGGUGUGGACCCUAUCUCUUCCUGUUGUGGUCAUUGUUCAUGGAAACCAGGAGCCUCAUGCAUGGGCCACUGUCACUUGGGACAAUGCCUUUGCAGAACCAGGCCGUGUUCCUUUUGCUGUUCCUGACAAGGUCGCCUGGUGCCAUGUAGCUGAAGCACUCAACAUGAAAUUCCGCUAUGCCACUGGGAGACCUCUGACAGAAGAAAAUUUGUGUUUCCUUGCAGAAAAGGCAUUCCGAAACCCAAACAUGUCAGAUUUUCAAAACCAGAUGCUUACAUGGUCACAAUUUUGUAAAGAACCACUGCAAGAACGCAGCUUUACAUUUUGGGAGUGGUUUUAUGCUGUCAUGAAACUCACAAGGGAACACCUACGUGGGCCUUGGAUGGAUGGGCUUAUUUUGGGCUUCAUCCGAAAGAAACAGGCACAGGAUAUGUUAAUUGCAACCAACACUACCAGUACUUUCCUUUUACGAUUCUCAGAUUCAGAACUUGGUGGCAUUACCAUUGCAUGGGUCGGAGAUGGAGAAUUAGGUUCUCAAGUGUUCAUGUUGCAACCUUUCACUCACAAGGACUUUGCCAUACGCAGUUUACCUGACCGCAUUGCUGAUUUGCAACAUCUUGUUCACCUCUAUCCUGAUAUCCCCAAAGACCAGGCCUUUAGCAAGUACUACACACCACUUGAAAAUCAGCCAACCUCAAACAAUGGUUAUGUGAAACCUUUCUUGGUGACCCAUGUUCCUGGCUGGGGAGGACCUGGUCCAAGUUCCACUCCAAGUUACCCAAACACACCUCACAUGUUCCAAGCUCCGUCCCCUGAGGCAGGUUCGGCAAGAGACACUCCAUCUGUAGCCAGCCAUGUUUCCGACUCUGUAUCCAGUGAGCUGGAGUGGAUUCUGAGUUAUGCCGGGGCUGGGGCUCAAAGUGCCGCAGGAGAAGCAGAAUACAAUGGCAGCAACAUGGACUUCCUAGAAGAUUUUGACAACUUUGAUGUUUAUCUGCCCCAUCCAACAUACCGCCAAGCUUGAUUGUUCUUCGAAAGUGUCCAAAUCACUUCAGUCACAAGGCAAUCAGGAUUGACAUCUGCUUAUCAAUUUUAGUUCUGUUUAUAAUUGUUGUUUUCGACUUUUAUUUUAUCACAGCGCCCAAUUUCACCAAGGUGAUUGAAAAGACACUUGUUUGCUGUUAACUCUUAGUUAGUGUAUUGUAAUUUGUUUUGGUAUUAUAUUUAUAUGAUGUUAGUAAUAUAACUGUAUAUCAUCCUGUGUCUUUAUUUUUUGUAUGAUAUUCUAAAUUGCACGCCUUUUAGAUAAGUUUCUGCAUUUUAAGUUCUUUGUGUCAAAAAUGCCUUCUUACCAUACGUGUUCUAUUUACUGAUGAGACCUGUGUUGUAUGGUUAUUUGUCAUUGUUUCUAGUGAUUUCUGUCCAUAACUGUUUAAGGCAUUGCUAUGUUCUUGUGCAUCCUCUUUUGAUAGCUGAUGAAACUCCAUAGUUUUAAUUAAGUGCACGUGCUCUACUUCCCCUAUACUUUUUUUAGUACUAAAGUAAUGUAGUUUAUCUUAAGCAGACAGUAUGGGGCAUAUUCCAUGUGGCCUUUUUGAGGAAAGUUUUUAUCUCAUUGCUGCUCUGCUCUGCUCUCGGACUAGGAUCUGUGUGACCAUGGUGUGACUCAGUCUGCAGCCAUAUUUACAAUCAUGGCAAGUUCCCUUCGUUGUAUUGUACCAUUCAUUUUGAACCACAUUUGCAGUUAAAUUACAGUAGUGAUGCAAUUUUUAUCAUUCUUUCCUACCUAUCAGCGCAUGAUUGAGCUUUCUUGUUUUUAAUGCUGUGGUGGGUCCCGCCUAUAGCGUUGCGGCCUUCUUGCACGGUUAAACAACAUUACAAACAGGAUGCGUUAUAAGUGGUAAAAAGGAUAAACACAAAAUUUACUCGGGAA